AUGUUUUCGACGAUCAUCGACAAGGAUCCUAGCCUCUCGAACAUCGAAAAACUGCAGAAUCUGCGCUCCUGCCUCAAGGAUGCGGCCCUCGACACCAACAAAUCAUUGGAAAUCUCUGACAGCAACUACCGUAUCGCUGUUGAUGUAUUAAAUAACAGAUUUAAUAAUAAACGCAUUGUUUUUCAGGCACAUGUUGCACAAAUCUUUGGCCUAAAGACGAUCGAAGCUGGGUCAGUUGGCAAGUUAAGAGAACUUUCUGAUAGGCUUAUCAGUCACAUGCGGGCUCUUCAAGCAUUGGGCGAUCAAGAGCAAAUUGCAAAUUGCUUCAUUGUUCAAGCCUUGGUGCAAAAGCUGGAUCCACCUACCCAAGCCAAGUGGGAGGAGACGUGCUCGGUUGAUAAAAUACCAUCGUGGGAGGAGUUUUCGAAGUUCCUGGAAAGACGUUGCCAGACGCUAGAGAAUGUGGAGCUUGCCAUGGCUACCCAUUCUUCCAGCCACUCAUCUGGAAGGCACAAUCGUUCGAACAAGGCCCUACUAGCUGCCAGUCCAUCACGAUGCCGAUUCUGCAGCGAUAGUGGCCACUCCAUAUAUACAUGCACGAGAUUUGGAAAUCUUUCUCCAGCACUAAGGCUGAAGGAAGUAAAGAAGAUGUCGCUGUGCAUAAAUUGCCUUAAAGACGGGCACCAAUUGCGCUCGUGCAAUUCUAGCGGCUGCAGGAAAUGUGGAUCCAAGCAUCACACAUUGCUUCAUUUCGGAGACGCACCAUUUCCAACGUCAUCUGCAAUGCCAUCGCCAGCUCAGCCUGCGCCGGCCCCAGCUAAUACAGCUCAAGGUUCUUCCAAUCAGUACUCACUGGCUUGCACGCUGCCCUCUGACUCAGCUUCUUCCUCUUUCGAAGGACCUCAAGUUUGCAACUUUGUGCUCUUGGCAACUGCUAAUGUUUUUAUUAAAAACAGAGCUGGUAGUCUAAUACCUUGUCGUGCCAUACUCGACUCAGGUUCGCAAGUGCACAUUGUAACAUCAAGAUUCGUACACCUUCUUGAGCUCAAAAGGAUUAAAUCUGCUGCAGCUGUAUCUGGUCUUGGAGAUUCUAGCUUCAAAACUACAGGAUAUGCUGUCCAGCUGAGUUUAUCAUCCAACUCUUCCAAUUACUCUGCAAGUAUUGAAGCCGUGGUUGCAUCCUCCAUUGUCAACGAUCAGCCUGACUUCAAUUUCGACUCAUCGCCAUGGAAUAUCCCAUCAAAUCUACCGUUGGCUGACCCGGAAUUCAACAAAUCGAAGAGGAUUGACCUUCUCAUAGGAGCAAGUUUGUUCUAUGAUUUGUUAUGUAUCGGACAAAUCAAGCUUGGCCCCCACCUUCCCACUCUGCAGAAAACUCGACUUGGAUGGGUUGUCUCUGGUGGCACGGCACAAACUUGCCACACUCUCGUUGCCUCUCAAUCUAUUUCGGAUAAAAUGCCAGAGCCUGAAGAUCGACUUGAUGAUCUUCUGCAGCGAUUUUGGGAAUUAGAAUCCUGUCCUUUGGAAAGCUCGAAAUUCACCAAAGAAGAAACGGAAUGCGAAGACCAUUUCCAAAACACCUUCGUUCGGCUACCCAAUGGUGAAUACGAAGUUCAGCUACCGAAAACUGGAAAAAUCGAUGGACUUGGAGAGUCAUACCAGCAAGCAUUUCGCCGUUUCCUCAGCUUGGAGCGAAAGCUGGAACGCCGUCCUGAUGUCAAGGAACAAUACUCUAACUUCAUAAAGGAGUAUCUGGAACUCAAUCAUAUGUCGCUUGUGCCACCAGAUGAUAGAAGGCACUGCAGAUUUUUCCUUCCGCAUCAUUGCGUCUUUAAAGAGGAUAGGACGACCACCAAACUGCGUGUCGUAUUUGAUGGAUCAGCAGCUUCAUCAUCUGGAAUCUCGUUGAAUGACACGUUGAUGGCAGGACCUACCAUACAGGCUAAGCUCUUCAAUAUUCUAAUCCGUUUUCGUACUUUUGCAGUUGCUCUCACUGGAGACAUUGGGAAAAUGUAUCGCUGUGUUCGAAUAGCCAAGUCAGACAGCUAUUUGCAAUGCAUUCUUUGGCGCGAUUCUGAUAAGGAUCAUCAGCAUCUACAAGUUGGAUACCGUAACAUACGGUACCAAACCCGCCGCAUUUCUAUCAGUUCGAGCGUUGCAUCAGUUGGCCAUGGAUGA